CAGUCACAGUCAGUCGUUCGCCGGACGCGCGCCGGAUUGGACGUUUGAUGUUUUUGUUUGUUAUUUGUUCGAUGCCACGCGCCUAAACGGUUCUCGAGUUUCGAUUUAACGUUCGAAACGUGUCAACGGGGUUCGUGCAAAGACUCUCGAUUAUAUCGUGGGGUGGACUGUGGUGAUGAUGUGUUAAACGUUUCUCCUAUUAAUUUAACUAUAUAAAAGUAUAUGUGUAUAUAUAUAUAUAAAUAUAUGUAUAUGUAUAUAUAUUUGUGUUAGUAGAAAGCUUAAUAGUAGUGCAUUUGUAUCACCUGUGUAAACAGCGACGAACGUUUCUCGUGCAUCUGAACAUCGGAAACAUAUAUUCUAUCUCAACGAGGAAGAGAGAAAGCUUAGAGAGAAAGAGAGAGAGAGAGAGAGAGAGGGAGAUAAAGAUAGAAAGAAAGAAGAUAAUUAAUAAAUACGAAGGAAGAGAAAGAUCGAAGAAACACAGACUUUCUUAUCUCGUUAUUCGCACUCGGGACGAUUACAUUGCCAAAACAUAACAAAUAGUGAAUCUUCUAAACGACCGAUCAAGGAAAUUUCGUGGAACUAAACUCUUAUUGUUAGUUUCUUGGAAGUCGAUAAUGUAGGAAGGAGAACGUAUUUUUUCUUGUCUUCGUUAGAAGACAACGUAAUAAUAGUAUAACAAUAACAAUAACAAUAACAAUAAUAAUAAUAAUAUUAAUAAUGAUGAUGAUAAGAACGCCACCGCCGACGACGACGACGACGACGACGACGAUGACGACGAUGACGAUGACGAUAAUGACGACGACGAUGAUGAUGACGACGAUGAUGAUGUUGAUGAUGAUGACGAUGAUGAUAAUCGUAAUCGAGGCGUAGAAGAUACGCACAUAUAUAUUAUUAUUAUUAUUGUCGAGUUUCAAAUAAUCUCGUCGAACGAUAAUAUUAUAAAGCGAAGGAAAGGCACAGUGCAAAAACUGAACGGCGCCUUCUCGAUCGUCGAACCGUCGUCUCGACCAAUAACGAACGUCGCCACCUUCCCUCCCCUCCCCUUCUCCUUACCAUCAUUCUAUCUCUUUCUCUCUCUUUACGUGUACUCUGCUAUUUCGACGGAGAAAGAAGAAAAAGAAAAGAAGAAGAAAAAGAGGAGGAGGAGGAGGAAGAGAAGGAAUCGAUUGUGGUGGGGAGUUCAAUCGUAUGAAAUUUUUUGAGGUUAGAGGCGCCAUAGUUACGAACUGUGAGGACCCGUGAAUGUGUGUGUGUGUGUGUGUGUGUGUUGUAAUUAAUUCGUCAUUAUUAAAGGUGAUUCAGUCUCGUCCGGUUUUGUUAUAAUCGUGCGGAGGUAUUUAAAAGACGAUGUUGACUAUUGACUGAACGAGUAAUUUUUUGGUUCUCGCGGGGGUGGUGUAGUGGUGUUGGUGAAGAAGAAGGAGGGGGAGGAGAAGGAGGAAAAGAAGAAGAAGAACGAGUCGAUAGAGUAAAGUAAGAAGAAACAAAAGACGGUGGAGAUGAUGAUGGCGCCACAGGUGGUGGGUGUUCUGCUGAAGAAGCCGGGACAGCAGAACCAUCCGCGCAUAACGCCCCUCGAUCGACAGGAAACCAAGAUAAGGGGGGAGCUCUACGUCGAAAAUCUGGCUGAGAGGAGGACCGUCUUGAUCAGGAUGGGAUGGUUGUGGGUCGAGGGUACUUCAAUGAAGUUACCCCUAAGGGCAUUGAACCUUCGUCAAGCGGCAUCCAGUCUUUGUCAGCCUCACGCUCUCGCCCUUGGAUUUACUCUGAGCAAUUCUCAGGGUCAUUCGCUUGCUACGUUUUGGGCCGACACAGAGCCGAUAUACUGGUCUUGGGUGAAAGCGAUAGCGGCAGAGUUGGUUAGACAGACUCCGUUUCGUGCUCGAAGAUGUUUAAACUUCCUCGAAAUCCUGACGAUUUGUCCAAGAAAUCCAGCACCGUUUCCGGAGAGUCUCGCUGAAUCGAGAAGACGUUCACGAAGCGAGCUUCGUUGUUGGCCAAUCGAGUCGCCGAUAGAAAGUAAUUCGAAAAAUUCAACGAGCAUACUCGAAGAAUCUAGGAGAAGAGCUAGAAGCGAGUUACGCGGUUGGUCGAGCAGUAAUUCGAGCGACGAGGAUAAUUUAGGAGAAUUUCGUAGUAUACCGGCGAUAAUAACAACGAAGGAUCAAACAGUUACGAGAACUUGGGGUUGUAGCGAGAGUAGCGAAGGUAGCGACGACAGUCUUCCAUGGGGAGGUGGAAUUUGUCGAUCAAGCGUGGACUCCGUCGAUUCGACGGUCUCCAUGUCGGAACCUGAGACCAAAGAACAAAGGAUACAAAGGUACAAGGAAACACGUAGACGAGAGAACGAAGCAAGAAGUCGUCGUGUUUUGGAAGAAGAUGCUAGGAGACGAAAAGCGAGAGCUGAGGAGAACAAUAACGAGCUUCCAAAAAUAUACGGACCGAGAAAUAGAUAUUAUUCCGUGAACGACAACGACGAUCUUCUUCAACGAUCACCGAAGAAGGAAUCACCAAGUGUUACCGAGUCCAGCGAGAUAGUUAGAAACGAAAACGUUAGAUUACCACCUGUCAAACCAGUCGAACCUUUCACGGUUAGAUUCGAAGAGAAUGAAAGACCCGAGGAUGAUAAUAAUAAUAACGAUAGCAACAAUAAUAAUAAUAAUAACAAUAAUAAUAAUAAUAGUAAUAAUAAUAGUAAUAAUAAUAAUGGUAUUGCUGGAAACGAUCAAACGCGAUGCAAUAACAACACCGUUACCAAUGGCAUAUUAAGGACCGAUGCGAAUAACGAACGAAGAAGUCGAGCGAGAGAGAGGCGAAUUUUUCGUGAGAAGGGUCAAUCUCAGCAGGCGCAACAAGUAACCAGUAGUAACAACGUUGAGAGUUUGCAAGAACGAAAGGAACGAUUGGCUGCGAUAUCAUCAAGAAUACCGGUGCCUCGUCAGUUGUCUCAAGGAAACGAAAGAACAACUACCGGUAAAUGCGUUACGAGUUCAUCGUUGAUGGAUGGUUGCAUGAGUUUGCCUAGAUCUUCAACGACAACGGCUCUAUCGAUAAUGAAAGAACCACCUUGCGAGGAGGACGUUGCCAGACUCUUGGAAAGGUGUCAGAGGGUCGAUCAUUACGUACCGGUUCGUGAGAAGCUUACCUUGUUUGAAUCACUUUCGAGAUUAGGCGGUCGAUUGGCCAGAAGUACGGAGGAUCUUGGUAGAUCAGAAUCUAAACCGAGUCCAAGAGGAAAACAACGUGCCAGAUCUCUUCACGAUUUAAAUCGUGGCGCUAGGUCAGUGCCUGUACGUGAAAUGUGCCGAUUUUUCGAAGGUGAUCUACGUGACACAGGUCAGAGCAACGCCGUUAAUAACAAAUACUCGACAUUGACGAAACCUUCAACUAGAUUCAGCGAUCCACCGACCCCAACUAGAAACACAACUUGGAAGGAUAACUUGAUAUCCAACAAAAGCGACGCACCAUGCGUUAGAACGUCUACGAGGAAGAAACAUUAUGCGAAAUGAUCGUUCUCGCGAUAAUAAUUAUUGCUUAGAAAGAAAUAAAAGGAUGACGUGUUCCUCUUGUUGUCUCUUUUCUCGAGGGAAGGAACGGAGAGAAAGUCUCUCGGUUGCGUUUAUUUCAACGGAGCUUUCAACGAUUCUAUCGUUUCGUACGUACUCGUAUACGAUUGUCCGAUAAGUUAUGACAUGAAACUUAUGUUAUAAUAAAGGAGAUCGAGUCGAUAAUUAAUAACAUCUGAAAUAGGUAAGAAUUGUUUAAUGGUAAGAGAAUGAAAAAUCUUUUCUAUACAAUAUCCAACAUAAUUAUUAUUUCACGCUUUAAUUAUAUCAAAUUAUUUCAGAUGACAUGAUAAUUAUCGAUAAUCGAUAUAUAUAUAUAUAUAUACACAUACAUAUAUAUACAUGCAUACACACGCAUAUAUAUAUAUAUACACACACCCAAUUUAUAUCGAAUCGUACUAUUUCUUUAAAACAUAAUAAAAAUGUCUGAAGAUAAUCGGUUCGAAACAUAAAACUCAAAAAGAAAUAUCUCGUUUUAUAUAUAUAUAUAUAUAUACAUAUAUAUAUAUACAUAUAUAUAUAUAUACACAUAUACAUAUACAUAUAUAUAUACAUAUAUAUACACAUAUAUAUACAUAUGUGUGUGUAAUCGUGUACGUUUGAAAAAAAAGAAAGAAGAGAGAAGAAAAAGAAAAAUUCAAAAUCGAUCGAAAGCUUAUCGAUUUUAUUUUUCGAUUGAACACGAGAGAGAACUUCCUGUGAGAGAGAAGAGAAAGAGCAAAGAUUUGAGCUCGAUCUCGAGCUAAGAUUUCCCGUUGAGAGAGACGGGAAAAGAGUAGAGAAAAGAGAGGGAGUGGAGGGGUUAGAGGGGGGUGAGGGCCGCGGAUGAAGAGGGUGGGGGUGGGGAGGGGGAAUCAGGGAAACCGGUAAUUUACGUUCACCGAGCGAUUGCAGCAAUGUCGAACACCUGUGUGGACAGCGCUGCUCUCCACGUAUAACACGUUGAUCGCCUUUACGGUCGACUUCUUUAAUUAUAUUUUUCUUGUUUUUCUCUUUUAUUUUUCUUUUGGUUGCCUUCGUGCCAUUUUUCUACGUAGGAUAAACGUAAGAUACUACGAACGGGAUUAUUUUCUCGAAUGGGAAUAACAAACUUAAAGAAGAAGAAGAAGAAGAAAAAGAAAAAAUGGACGAAUCGAUAUCGUCUCGUAUUUCGUCUAGCAAAUUUGGAACAUCCGCUUGUUUGAUUACGUUACAAUAAGGUUCGCUACACUAUUACUACUACUACUAGAUACUGUUACUAUUACUCAUACAUCAACGUCGACUUCCGCUUAUUUCCAAUCGAAAUGAUCAUUUCCGUUCUCGUUUCUCUUUCCCCUUCGUUCUCUCUCUCUCCCUCUCUCUCUCACUCUCUCUCUCUCUCUCUCUCUCUCUCUCUCUCUCUUUUUCUCUGUCUAUUUAUCUGUCUACUUAUCCGUCUGCCUGUAUGUCUGUAUUUCUGUCUGUCUGUCUAUCUGUCUCUCUCUUUCUCUCUCUCUCUCUACCUUUCUCUUUCUUUCUCUCUCUCUCUCUCUCUCUCAUAAUUUUGAACGCGAUCGAAUUUCACUUUCCUAAAAGAACCCCUCGCAAAUUUUUUGAAAUUGUAAAAAUAUUUCGUUGAAAUGUUUUUCAUGGGUUGUUUGUUUAUAAAUCAACGAUUGAAAAAAAUUGAUAACGAUGAUGACAACGUCGUACUUCCUUUUUGUUGUCCUUUCUUGUCAUAUAUAUAUACAUAUAUAUAUAUAUAAUUAAAAUAAUAAUAAUAAUAUUAAUACGUGUAUAUUCCUGUUUCACGUUUUCGAAGCAGUCUUAAACGAUAGGUAUGAUACUGCUUGAUACGUAAACUCUAUAAUGGAAGAAAAAAAAAAAAAGAAAAAAAGAAGAAAAAUGAAAAAGAAUUCGUAUCGAAAUUAAAAACUAAGAUCACCGUCUCAUUCUCAAAUUUUUUUUCGCGAUUUUGUACAUAGAGUUUUUGAGUUCGCAAGUCAGAUUUAUCGUUGUCCCUUCUUGCGAUUCUCAACGAAUGCGUUUAUUUAUUGAAAUUUGUUUAUUAAGAUUCUCUCAAAUUGUAUAUCGUCGUUCGAGAUCGAGGAUAUGUAUAAAUAUGUAUGUAUGUAUGUAUGUAUGUAUAUAUAUAUAUAUAUACAUAUAUAUAUUUAUAUAUUUAUAUAUAUAUAU